UAAAUAUAGACCGUAUAGCACGCCUUCAAUAUUCGCAUUCACUUCCUUAUCAAUCGCGAUACCUAUUUACAUAAUAGAUAUCCGCUAUCGUGAGUUUGUUUAUACCUAAAAUACGAAAAAAUGAUCGCCUCAUCUCAGUAGCGAAUACCGCUUCGAUAAAAACAAAUUGGUUCGCAGUAAAUAUUUCUCGUAACAAUACAAAACACUUUACAGGUGUAAGUAGGUAUCUUAUUUAAUUGCGCGUUUAACAAUUUCUUUUGCGUGUAGUGAAUAGUGACAGUAUACAUUAAAAGUUGACGAAAAUGAAAAAGAUACCAAAUCCACGUGUAUGCAUCAUCGGCGCCGGGCUAGCUGGUCUGACCUCUGCCAGGUACCUGCAGGAUGAAGGCAUCAGCUUCACGGUGCUGGAGGGUACGCGCUACGUUGGUGGCACGUGGCGGUACGACCCCAGGGUUGGCACUGACGAGAAUGGCCUUCCCCUACACACCAGCAUGUAUAAACAUUUGAGGACGAAUCUCCCAAAGCCUACGAUGGAACUGCGAGGUUUUCCUGUACCAGAUGACAUGCCCUCAUUCCCCAGUUGGAAAAUAUAUUACAAAUACAUACAGGAGUAUGUGAAACAUUUCGAUUUAGCAAGGCAUAUAAAGUUCCUACAUAACGUAAUAUUAGUUUCUCGAGUACAAAACAUGUGGAAAGUGAAAUAUCAAAAUGUACUGACUGGCGAGGAGUUUGAAGACGAGUUUGACUUCGUGAUUGUUGGCACGGGGCAUUACAGCAAACCAAAUUAUCCGACCAUCCCAAAUGAAGAACUCUUUACAGGUACAAUUAUACACAGUCAUGACUACAGAGAGCCUGAGGUUUACAAAGACCGUCGGGUACUUAUAGUUGGUGCCGGUCCAUCCGGCAUGGACAUCGCCAUCGACGUGGCAUAUCACUCCAAAGCCCUAGUACAUAGCCAUCACUCCAGAAUAAAGUUCAGGGAAGUCUUCCCCAAACAUUAUAUAAGGAAACCGGAUAUAGAAGAGUUUAACGCUACCGGCGUUUUAUUCAAAGAUGGCACUUAUGAGGAUAUUGAUGACGUCAUUUAUUGUACUGGUUUCCAAUAUGACUAUCCAUUCUUGGACAAGAGCUGCGGCCUGGAUUUAAGCCCACGCAGCGUCACGCCGCUAUACAAGUACAUGGUGAAUAUCCGCCAGCCCACUAUGGUGGUGAUGGGACUCACCGUGCGAGCCUGUCUGGUUGUUGCUUUGGAUGCACAGUCCCGCUACGCCACGGCGUUGGUGAAGGGCAACUUCACGCUGCCUCCUCAGGAGGAGAUGAUGGAAGAGUGGAACAGGCGUGCUGAGCUCAUCAGGUCAAAAGGACGACCGUUAUCCGAUAUCCACUUCCUAGCUGAAAAGGAGGAUGACUACUACGCUGACUUGACAGAAGAAUCUGGUAUCGAGAGGGUUCCACCAGUCAUGUUCAAAAUCCGUACAGUCGAUACACAGGCGAAACUUGAAAGCCUCUACACUUAUAGAAAUUAUGCGUAUACCGUUCUUGAUAAUGAAACAUUUGUGAGGACUCUGGAAGACAAAAAUAUUAAUAGAAUAAGAUAGAUUUUAUUUCGUCGCUACCUACAUUUUCGGCGAAACCAAUGUGUUGAACCUGAAUCCACGCCGGUGUGCAAUACUGCGUUCCUCUAGUGUCCAAAGGCUAGCUUAAACCAGCGGGACUUGUGAUUGGUCGUAAAUUUGCACGCUCAAGCAAACGCAGGCUAUUUUAGUAAACUAUACUUUGCUAAACAGACCAACGCCGUCUCAGUCAAUACAAAGUUUCAGUCAUGUGUACAAUUCGCGAUGUUUUGUUAACAGUUUGCUCGCUCGCAAUCGAGGAGUUGUUUUCGCGUAUCAAUAGGCAGAGACAUAAUAAUAUUGAAAAAAAAAAUUACUAUGGAUUCGUUAAACGCAAUAAAAUAAUUAGCAUUUUUUACAAUUUAAGUUUUACUGGUUAGUAUUAUGAAUUUGUUUAGCAACUGUUAAGUACAAAGCAUACUAGCUGUUUUAAUAAAAAUAAUCACUUA